AUGACUGCUGAACUACAACAUCUUCGACGGGUGCCUAAGGCGAAUGGCUACCCGCGCAACCUGGUCAGCCGGCGCAUGCGUGAACGCGACGAGACGCACAAUUCCACCGGCCUCACAUUUUGGCGAGCCCUCCAGUACGUGAAGAAAGUCUCGGAAGCCGUCAACCGCCUUCUCAUACCAUUUGGAAUUAAAGUUGCACACAGGCCAAAGGCAACCACCAGUCAUGAUGCCGAAAUAUUCCCUGCCACGGCAGGACACAUACCGGGCCGUUUACCGGAUCUGGUGCAAUUGCGGACAACGCAACUAAGCCGGAGAAACUGGAAGAUUACGUCUGACGCGAAGGGACGAACAUGCGGCGCGGCCUCAGUGCUGAGGAAAGACGCUAGCUACCAGAUCGCGACUCAUUCGACGGGACCCGAUCAAACCCCCAAGUUUGACAAGCGUGAAAUUACCGCAAGAGGUGACAACCGCGUGCGCCGUGAGCCGCUGCUUGAGUCAUGGUUCGCUGGCCCACAUGUACUUAACAAGCGCAAUGACCUUCCGCUGCUGUAUUCUGUGCUGCGAUUUUAUCUGGUCAAAGUAAUUAGCCAUGCCAGGAGGGUGCGAGCAGCAAACAGUUCCAGUGAGAAUGAGCCGAACUGGCGAAUGAUCGUCACGCCAAAAAUCAACAACGGUGGUGAAAUCACAGCCACUGAGGACGCGUUGUCAGACCGACAUGCAAUCAUCGCAUCAAACACAGCCCCAGAGAUGAGCGCGACUGCCGUUAAUUACUGUGGGUAUGCGGUUACCGGGCAACUGCGUCCUACAAAGGCUGCACCUCUUGUACCUCCAUUAACCUUUUCUGCGAACGUCUCUGUUGAUGGGUUCGCGUGA